AUGGCGGCAUCAGGAGGCCAUCUCCUGGUCCCCAAGGCCAUGAGGCUCAUCCGAUACGCCUUCGAGAAGACGGGGCGACUGAUCCGAGACAAGCUGCCCCAAGCCUCCCGACCGAUCGAAGCCGAAGCGCAUCCCGCCUAUGCUCGCGUCUCCCAGCGACAGCCGGCCACUCGAGUUGCGGGGAUCCGCCAGAGUCAAAGCCGCUGGUACAGCACCAGACAUGCCCUCAAUUCCACCAUCAGACACUUCUCCUCGCAACCAGGGCGUAAUGCUUCUCGACCUAGUCGAGCGUCUUAUCCCUAUUCUCGGACCGCCUCUGCAGUUGGCCGUUCGACCGGCCGUGCACCGUUUGCCUCUGCCCUCCGACCGAAUCUGACUGGCGGCACCUUGUGUCGUUCCGCAGGCGGAUACGGCCUUGGAGGCGGUCGUGCUGGUGGAGCGAGAUACUUCUCGCACUCGCCAGCCGCUCCGGCACAGGUGGUCAACAACGUCUCUCAGGCGGUUCGCGCCUUUUGGCUCUCAGGCCAGAAGGCACGAUUUGAUGGCGCACACCCACACACCGGAGAGAAACGAUUCCGGGCCGUGUCCAAUCUACAAGAUGAAGCCAGGCACAUGAUGGACAUGUCUCCAGUCAACGCUCCGGGCUCGUUCCUCGACUUCAAAGUCUCCCCAACCAUCACGGCCAUUGGCCCCUUGAGCACCGUCCCUCGCUCUACUGCCUCCGAGGACUGCGACUGCGACUGUGACUACGAGGCACACGAGGACACAUUGAACAAUGUUACUCUGAUGUCUAAUCUCGCGGUCGAUUUUGCCCGUGCUCUGAAGGAUCUAGCGGCCAUCAUGAACGACCUCAAACAUCUAGCAGUUCUGGGAGGCCUCCCGAUCUCCCUGCACAACAGUUCCACUCUAAGAGUCCGCUUUCCGGGCUGUGACGCGGACACCGUGGAGAGCCUGUGUCGGGAACUGAACAUCAAGCGCGGAAUCGUUGGCCAAGACGAGGAUUUCGACUCCCACAAUGGCACGGAGAUGGCACUUCUUUUCCCCUUCGCACCAAGCGAGACUGCCAGCGAGGUCUGCAUCGAUUCUCCCCACGACGUCCGCGCGACGAAGCGGGUCAAACGAGACCGCAUUGAGUGGCACGAAAUGCUUUCUCCACCGCAGCAGCCCUCGGCGGGCUUUUCCCACGUCUCUGCGACCAGUCACUCAGCCAACGCGUUCGAAAUGCUUGGUGGGGCUUUGGCACAGAAUCCGUGGAUUUCGUCGCCAUCUGGCUAUUUCAGCUUGCACGACAGUGAGUCGGACGCGGACGGGGACGGUGACGCUGCCAUGUAUUUCUUCCAGCCACGUCCUCUGUCCACCAAGGAAAGCCAUCACGCUUCGACAGGUGGAAAAGGCUACGAAGGACUAGAGGGGAUAUAUAGGUUCAUCGAGGAGUGUGACCGAGCACGGUCCUGA